AUGAUCAGCGUUGAGAACGCGUACAGUUUUCAUUGGGCAGCUACGGUGGGGCCUGCCGACUUUCGCAAUCUCAGAAUCUUCGAGGAGCCAGCGGGCUCGCAACCAGGAUGUGGCAUGGAGAUAUACAGAUUUCUUCAUCCGGGCAACCACUCCCAAAAUGCCACCACUUCUUACCACAGGCGGGCAGACACGAAUCAGCAUUUUGGGAAUUCAGGCACCAUCGAAUGGAUGUCAGAUGUGGAUGGCCGAGUCUAUUUUGCCACCGAUGGUCCAAUCCCAUUCUCUGACCUGCGCCUGAAAGCCAAGUCGAGUUCAAAAUCAAGGCGUUUCACGUUCGGCGGACAGCAGUAUAAGUGGAAGCCGGAGCGCAAUAACGACAUGAUUUGCGUCGAUUUAACGGGGAAGCGCAUCGCAUCGUGGAGCGCCACGCGUACACGGCUUUCUGUCCCGACCUCGAUUGACAACGCGAUAUUUAUCGACAGACUGGUCGUAACGUGCCUGCUAAACCUUUGGUUCCGUAAGCUGGACAAAUUUUGAGGCGGCCGGAACCUGUUCUGAGGCAACGCAGUAAUAUCAUGAUGAUGGCGCGGAGAUGUAAGAUCGAGGAUCGUCUAUAAAACACCAACCUUCUUAAUCAUCCUAUUUCGC